UUGCAUUUAUAUCCGUAUCCGGCCUGGACAGUUGAGUGCAGGCAAGAGGCAGUUGAGGACCAGUGCUGAGGAACGGCUGAGCUGGUCUGCAGAGUGCAGGAUGCGUGAGUGUAUCUCUAUCCACGUGGGGCAGGCAGGUGUCCAGAUCGGCAAUGCCUGCUGGGAACUGUACUGCCUUGAACAUGGCAUUCAACCUGACGGUCAGAUGCCAAGCGACAAAACCAUCGGUGGCGGGGACGACUCCUUCAACACAUUCUUCAGUGAAACCGGAGCUGGCAAGCAUGUGCCCAGAGCAGUGUUUGUGGACCUGGAGCCCACUGUGGUCGAUGAAGUGCGCACUGGAACCUACAGGCAACUCUUCCACCCAGAGCAGCUGAUCACUGGGAAGGAAGAUGCAGCCAAUAAUUAUGCCAGAGGUCAUUAUACCAUUGGCAAGGAGAUUGUUGACCUGGUCCUGGACCGGAUCAGAAAGCUGGCAGAUCUGUGCACAGGACUGCAGGGCUUCCUCAUCUUCCACAGCUUUGGAGGGGGCACAGGAUCCGGGUUCGCAUCUCUGCUCAUGGAACGGCUUUCAGUGGACUAUGGCAAGAAGUCCAAACUGGAAUUCGCCAUUUACCCAGCCCCCCAGGUUUCCACAGCCGUGGUGGAGCCCUACAACUCCAUCCUGACCACACACACGACACUGGAGCAUUCUGACUGCGCCUUCAUGGUGGAUAACGAAGCCAUCUAUGACAUCUGUCGGCGCAACCUGGAUAUCGAACGCCCCACGUACACCAACCUGAACCGUCUUAUCGGGCAGAUUGUGUCCUCCAUCACAGCCUCCCUGAGGUUUGACGGGGCUCUGAAUGUGGAUCUCACGGAAUUCCAGACCAACCUGGUGCCGUACCCUCGCAUCCACUUCCCGCUGGCCACCUACGCCCCCGUCAUCUCAGCUGAGAAGGCGUACCAUGAGCAGCUGUCCGUGGCAGAGAUCACCAAUGCUUGCUUCGAGCCAGCCAAUCAGAUGGUCAAGUGUGACCCUCGCCACGGCAAAUACAUGGCCUGCUGCAUGUUGUACAGGGGGGAUGUGGUUCCCAAAGAUGUCAAUGCGGCUAUUGCUACCAUCAAGACCAAGCGCACCAUCCAGUUUGUGGAUUGGUGUCCGACUGGAUUUAAGGUGGGUAUCAACUACCAGCCCCCCACCGUGGUGCCUGGGGGAGACCUGGCCAAGGUGCAGAGGGCCGUGUGCAUGCUGAGCAACACCACUGCCAUCGCAGAGGCCUGGGCCCGCCUGGACCACAAGUUUGACCUCAUGUAUGCCAAGCGGGCCUUCGUGCACUGGUACGUGGGAGAAGGCAUGGAGGAAGGGGAGUUCUCAGAGGCCCGGGAGGACCUGGCAGCGCUGGAGAAGGAUUAUGAAGAGGUGGGCGUGGAUUCCGUGGAAGCAGAGGCAGAGGAAGGGGAAGAAUACUGAGUGUAUGGGUCUGGCUGGCAGCCGGCCAUUUAUCUCUUCCCCACCACUGAAACUGAAGGGUUUAUUUACUUAAUAAAAUUUCUGUAUUGAGGCA